UGUAUGUUUGUGUGUAGAAGCGUUGGGGCCUCAGCGAUUUGCUCACGGUUGUUUUUAUUUGAAACACAGAUAAAACCACACAGCGACGCAACUGGAUGCAAAUAAAUUCCCUUUACAUGUAGGAAAUUGCUGUGAUCGGAGAUUUUAGUCGGACAAUGGGAACGAAUAACAGCACUCGCCGCGUCUCGUUUGAGUCAGACGAGAAUGAGAACAUAACCGUUGUGAAGGGCAUACGGCUCUCUGAGAACGUCAUCAACCGCAUGAGGGAGCCUGUCACUCCACUGCCGUCCCGCUCACAUGCAAAUGUGGCCCCCUCACCUCCUCCCCCAGCAGCAAACCUGGCUCCCUCUCCUCUCCUUGAUCCGGUCACCUCCUUGCCCCCACCUUCUCCUUUUGUAGAGCCCAUUGCACCUCCUCCUUCAGCUCCACCUGCCACUGAGACAGUGGCAACAUCCGUACCACCUCCCAUGGAAAAGGUAGAAGCUCCCAUCAUCAUUGACAAGGUGUUCCUGUCUCCUUCACCCCCAGCUUCUGCUGUUGCUGCUGCUGCUUUUGAUCCUGUGGCAGCACUUCCUCCUCCUCCUCCUCCUGCUCUUGUUGAGAUGCCCCCAGUGGAACCUGUAGCUCCUUCUGCCCCUAUACCUGAGCCAGAGGCUGUCCCCACGUCAUUUCGAGUUCUUCCACCUCCUGCACCAGCUGUUGAUGAGGAGACCCUGAGGAAGAAGAUCACUGAUGAGCUUUACAAAGACAUGGAACAGGAGAGGGCCAGAGCAGAACAAGAGCUGCAAGCCUGGCUGGAGAAGGAGAAGGCCCAGGCGAUGGAGUUGGCCCAGACCGAGGCCCAGUCCCGUGUCCAGGAUGAGAUUUCCAGGAUCCUGGCCGUGGAGCGGGCGGUGAGCCACGAGACCCUGCAGCAGGCCGUCGCCAGAGAAAGAAUCAGCGCCGACGACGAGAAACUCCGCGCUCAGCUCUAUGCCAAGCAGCUGGAGGCCAGAGAGUCCGAGCUGAAGAAGCAGGAUGCCUUCUACAGAGAGCAGGUGGCCCGACUGGAAGAGCGGAGUGCAAAGUUCUACAAGGUCACCACAGAGAACUACCACAAGGCUGCAGACCAAGUCAAUGCCAAGUAUAAGCGGUAUGAAGUGUAUCCUGUGUGUGCAGAUCUGCAGGGCCAGAUCCUCAAAUGCUACAGAGAGAACACCGGCAAAACCCUUCACUGCUCCAACAUAGCAGCCCAAUAUCUGCAGUGUGUCAACAGCACCAAACAGAUGAGUCGUAACCACCAGUCAACCAACCCAUGGGGUGUUGAGGUCACAUCCUCCCCUUUCACCUACAUUAAAGGGUCCAAAACAUUACUUCUGAACGCCUUCUAUGAGCACCGGAUGGCAAAUGCCAGCAUCCGCUUGCUUGGCAUCAUAUGGCGGAAAGAGGACAAGCUGCAUUUUCACUGUGUCCUCUGCUGCAAUGAUGAAGAACAGCUUGUUCCCGUGAAGGCAGAACUCACAACCCACAACUCGCACUACUUCUUCCCAUAUGGCACUGGUGACUUCCUGUGCCAGAUACCCCAUGGCUGCCAACCCAGGUAUGCAGGGCUGGUCUCUGAAGCAGGGAGCCUGGAUAAUGUCACCUUCCUGCCUGUGCUUGGCCAGGUACAACGGCAGACUGGUUUCCCUCUCAACUUCACCGUGUGCCUGUCAACCAUGUUCAAUAACUAUGACAAUGUGCUACAGUUCAUCCAGGUGGGCCUGGUUAAGGUGCUGCCCUGGCCGAUUGAUGCCCACAUCAAAGUGUCGUCGAGCUGGCUGGCCUCUCUGUCGCCGGGCGACCUCCACUACUACGGCCAGAUACCGGCCAACAACGACUGUCUCUACAGAUACAUGUACAAGAGCAGAUACCUGUUGAUGCACGAUGCGGACGAAGUCAUCCUGCCCACAGAGGAUGGCAGUUGGGCAGAGCUGCUGCUCACUCUGGACAAAAAACACGGAGAAAACGCCAACUACUACUUCGCUAACAAUGUCUUCCCUAUUGAGGAAAAGGACAGUGACAGCAGAUAUAACCUACCAGAGUGGAAGGACGUUCCUGGUGUCAACUUCCUGCUCCAUGUCCUGAGGGAGCCGGAUAACUCGGGCUACAUUACAGGAAAGCUGAUUGUUAACCCACGCAGCAUACUGCAGUAUGAGGUGCACGCCAUCCAGCAACACAACUCAGGGGGACACACAGUGAGGGUAAGGGUCUCGUGA